GCAAGAAAGUAGUAAAUGGAGUAGGCUUAAAAAUCGAUGAUAUCUGUGAUGCAGAAAUAUAUAAUUUCAUUAGCAAGGUCAAUGUGUUGGGAAUAAUUCGUAAAAUAGAGAUUUCGAUUCUGUCUCAAGAUUGUAAAUGGGAGCAAGUAGUAGUGACUAAUGUUUUUGUUACCAAUAAACCCAAACUUGAAUCUGUACUGAUAUUGAGUCAAUCCUGGUUCCAGGAAAAUGUAAUGAAACUGGACUUCCCAAAUAAAACUCUUAUGUUGCUCAAUGGAACUAGUUGUAAG